AGGUCCCGCCCCCGCCCCCGCCCCCGCCGCCCGCUGACCCCCAACCUCCUCCGCCGGCGACCCCGAUCCCUCCCGCCCGGCGAAAUGGCGCCGUGGUGCCCAGCCGAAUCUACCAAACCGGUCUUCGUCGGGAUCUUCGGGGCCAUCCUCGGCGGCUUCGCCGUCUCCGCCCUCUUCUUCCUCCUCUCUUUCUCCUCCCUCACCGCCCCCGCGCUCCCCUUUCCGGCCGUCACCACCAAUCUCUCCGCUCUCUCCACUCCCUCUCAGCCGGAGACCAUGUACAACCGCCCCAUCUGGAAGCCCCCGCCGCGGGGGUCGCGGAUGCCAUCGCCGCGCGCGUUCCGCCUCACCCGCGACAUGGUGCGCGCCCGCGCCCGCCACGGGGUCAUCGUCGUCACCUUUGGCAACUACGCAUUCAUGGACUUCAUCCUCACCUGGGUGCACCACCUCACCGGCCUCGGCCUCGACAACCUCCUCGUCGGCGCAAUGGACACCAAGCUGCUCCGGGAGCUCUACCUCAGGGGCGUGCCCGUCUUCGACAUGGGCAGCAGGAUGGACACGGAGGACGCAGGCUGGGGGUCCCCCGCCUUCCACAAGAUGGGGAGGGAGAAGGUGCUGCUCAUCAAUGAGCUCCUGCCCUUCGGCUACGAGCUGCUCAUGUGCGACACGGACAUGGUGUGGCUCAAGAACCCCUUGCCCUACCUCGCCCGCUACCCUCACGCGGAUCUCCUCACAUCCAGCGACCAGGUCAUACCCACCGUCACCGACGACAGCCUGGAGAACUGGAGGCAAGUCACCGGGGCAUACAAUAUUGGUAUUUUCCAUUGGCGACCAACAGAACCUGCUAAAAGGCUGGCAAAAGAAUGGAAGGACCUAGUCUUAUCUGACGAUAAGAUAUGGGACCAGAAUGCUUUUAAUGAUCUUGUACACAAAGUUUUUGGACAACCUGUCCAAGGAGAAGAUCAACUUGUGUAUUCAUAUGAUGGAAAACUGAAGCUUGGAGUCCUACCAGCAAGUAUAUUUUGCAGCGGCCAUACCUACUUUGUGCAGGGCAUGUAUCAGCAGCUUCGGCUAGAACCGUAUGCUGUGCACACUACUUUCCAGUAUGCAGGUACUGAAGGAAAGCGCCAUAGAUUACGUGAGGCAAUGCUUUUCUUUGAUCAACCACCUUAUUAUGAUUCACCAGGAGGUUUCCUAUCAUUUAAACCUAAUAUUCCCAAGCAAUUGCUGUUAGAUGGUGCCCAUACCGUUGAAUCACAUUUUCAAUUGGUUAAUUACCAGAUGAAGCAAAUAAGAACAGCAUUGGCCGUGGCUUCCUUGUUAAAGCGGACCCUGGUAAUGCCUCCAUUAUGGUGCAGGCUUGAUAGGAUGUGGUUUGGACAUCCCGGAGUUCUAGAAGGUACAAUGACAAGACAACCUUUUCUCUGUCCAAUGGAUCAUGUAUUUGAGGUACAUAUUAUGCUGAAGGACUUGCCCGAGGAAGAAUUUGGUGCACAUAUUGAUUUCAGAGAAUACUCCUUUCUUGAGAAUCCGUCAUUGCCUAAACAGGUGAAAGAGUCAUUUCUUGAGGUGCAGCUCUGCGAUGGCGAUAGCACCAGCUGCUCCACAGCUAAUGGAACCAAUGAACACAGACCCCUUCUAUUACCAAGGAAUAGCACUGAACAAACGCUUUUGAAUGUCUUCUCUUCGUAUAAGAAUGUCAAAGUCAUACAAUUCUCAUCUAUGGUUGACGCCUUCAGAGGUUUUGCUGAUGCUGCUGUGGAGACGCGGUUUCGGAAUCGUGUGAAGAGAUAUACGGGGAUAUGGUGCUGUGUGGAGUUGCGUGAAAUUGGCCACAUAUACUAUGACAUGUACUGGGAUGAGAAACCAGGCUGGAAGCCACACCCGCCACUGACUAGGGAAGAGGACCAUCCACCUCUGUCCUGAUUUUGGAGGUAUAAAGGAGAGAUUAAUUAUGGAGAGGGAUAACAUUUUGUGAUGAAGGCAAGAUAGAUUAUCAAUUACCACAGGGUUGCUCCUAACGCCAGAGCAGUCUGUUUCUAUCUGUUGAAAAGGCAACCAUUAUUCAUUAGACUGCUUACUCUCAAGAAACACAUGACGAUCAGUUUUGUAGGUCUGUUCUGUAGAUUGGUUCACUUCUGGCUCUGGCAAAGCAGUUUCCUCUUGACCUGUUCUUCUUUCAUAUUUGCCAGAGAAGUCAUGUUGAUGUAGGUUGAGAAUAACACUUUAGAUACCAAGUUGACUCAAAGUUGGUGUAUCAUGUUUAUAGCCCAUACAGGCACCAGCUACUAGUUGAUUUUUUCAGCCUGGUAUCUGAUUGAGGUUUUUUUUGGGAAAUUUAUAGCGGCUGAUACUAAGAUGUAAAUCAACCCGGUAAAGAAAAUCUCAGGAAAGAAUGUGUUUCGUA